GCGCGGGGAGCGGGACCGGAAACGUGCGCUGCCGCAGGAGCGCGCCCGCCGGCAUGCCCGCUGCGGUGCUGGGGGAACGGACCGGAAGUGUGCGCGGCCGAGGGGGCUCCGCGGCGGACUCAGCUGCGGGCUGAGGCUACGUGAAGGCUCCGCUUCCGGCGGCGGUCCACUGCGACCAGGGUGGUCUGCGCUGUCACCCACGGUCUCUGUCCGCGUUCCGCAGCGUCCGGCGACCGCUUUUCUCUGAGCUGGCCCGGCGGCUGCGGUCCCUGCGGGUGCAAGCCGAGGAGGCCCCGCGGUCAUGAGCGGCAAAGAAGGACCAGGAGGGUUCAGGAAGAGGAAGCAUGACAACUUCCCACAUAACCAAAGGAGAGAAGGGAAGGAUGCCAGUUUGUCUUCACCGGUGAUGCUGGCCUUCAAAACAUUUCAGCAGGAGCUGGACGCGAGGCACGACAAAUAUGAGAGACUUGUGAAACUAAGCCGGGAUAUUACUGUUGAAAGUAAGAGGACAAUUUUUCUUCUCCAUAGGAUCACCAGUGCUCCUGAUAUGGAGGAGAUACUGACUGAAUCAGAAAGUAAGCUGGAUGGUGUCAGACAGAAAAUACUACAGGUGGCCCAGGAGCUCUCUGGAGAAGACAUGCACCAGUUCCAUCGAGCUGUUACCACAGGGCUUCAGGAAUACGUGGAGGCUGUCUCUUUUCAACACUUCAUCAAAACUCGUUCAUUGAUCAGUAUGGAGGAGAUUAACAAGCAGUUGACGUUUACAGCAGAGGACAGUGGGAAAGAGAGCAAGACUCCUCCCUCUGACGGACAAGACAAGGAGCUAGUUACGUGGAGACUGAAGAUCACGCCUGUUGACUACCUGCUGGGAGUGGCCGACCUAACGGGAGAGCUGAUGCGGAUGUGCAUCAACAGUGUGGGCAACGGGGACAUCGACACCCCCUUUGAAGUGAGCCAGUUUUUACGCCAGGUGUAUGAUGGGUUCUCAUUCAUCGGCAACACCGGGCCCUAUGAAGUCUCUAAGAAGCUGUACACCUUGAAGCAGAGCCUGGCCAAAGUGGAGAACGCUUGCUAUGCCCUUAAAGUCCGGGGCUCCGAGAUCCCUAAGCACAUGUUGGCAGAUGUGUUCUCAGUGAAAACAGAGAUGAUGGAUCAGGAGGAGAGCGGUUCCUAGGCAGCCCCGCUCUGCUCUCUAGGGAGCACUGGGGAGACCAGUUGGUGAGGCUGCUCUGACUGUGUGUUUGACGUUAUUGUGGCUUCCGUAGACGUUUCCAGUUGUACUAGUUUGAAGUUGUAUACAGCUGUAUCUAAGUUUGUCCACAGGGACGUUUCUCACACUCAUCCUUACACGCAUUUGCAUACAGUGUUUGUAUAUGUGUUUGCUCUGUUGUGUGAACAUGCUUCCAAUUGCACUUUCUGCCAUACCUACUUUAGUUCACUUUGAACUUGGAGUGACCUUUUGGGUGGACGGGAAUCUUGUAAGUGGGUGAUUCUGUAUAUGGAGAAAAAAGUGUGGUGAAACUUCUGGAGUUUCACUUCCUGUGUCAGUUCCUCAGCGGUAUCAUGGCAAGCCUUUAAAGUGGGCUUAGUACAUGAAACAACAAUUUAAUGUGUAAGCUGUUUAAAUAUCAAGUUUUCUUGUAAGUUAUCAAGUUUUGGUGGUAUUAUAAUGAGAAUUCACUUAAAAUUUUGGUCCAGUUUCGGUCAUUUUGAAUUCAUAUGAAGCAGCUUUCCUGAAGAAUUGAUGGGUAUCCGGAUGUUCUUUUUCUUUCCCAUAGAUGUGGGAAAGGAGCUGACACUGGUCUUCACUGGUGAUACUGAGUAACUAACUCCACACUUGUGUGCAGGUUAUGAGCAGCCAGGGCCUUUGUCACAUGUUAGGUGUGCUGCACUUUCCUACCCCAUCCAUCUGGGGACUCACAGAGGAGCAGCCAGAGCGCUUGGAGUGCUGACAACCCAAACCUUUAUACUUGUCCCUUGGUGUUAGCUAGUGAUGUUGCCAAAGAAAAAGAAUUGUGUAUAAUUCAGCAAUAAGACAAUUGCCAACACAAGCGUUGGGCAUGAGUUCACCUCCUCAGUCAGUGAGAGUCAUCUGUGGUGAGAGCCUGGCUUUAGCGUGGCCUGCAGCUGACACCACCAUAUGCUUUCAACUAGUUUUGUGACUUUUCACAACUUAGAUACUGGGUUUUAUUUUUGGAAAGAAUAUCUAUUUGUAGGGCUGGCUCUUUGGAAGUGUAAUUUUCCAAAAAUUAUCACCAAAAGGAAAAUAGAAUGUGUACAUGCCUGGUAAGUUAGAUGUGUUUGUCCUGGUGAUGAUGCGGCUUUGCCUCCCCUGUAGUAAGGUAGACUGCUCAGUUAUAGUCAGUCCUGUUACCUGCUCUGUCUGGUUUUUUCAGCUACUUCAAGUGGAAUUUAUAGUGUUAAAAUAAUGGAUUGAAGAAUGUUUUACAGAAAUUUAAAGCAAAUUUUAAAUAAAAUAUUAAAACACA